UGUCUAAAGACUACGGAGUACAAAAUUCAACGUGACCAUGCAAGCCCACACUCCACCAUUAUUACUCUUAAUCGUCCUCCUCCUCUCCUCCGCCCUCUCCUCCGCCCAGGAGUUAUGCAACGCCGACGACAAGAAGAUACUCUUAUUAGGCAUCAAAGAGCACUUCAACAACGCGUCCGUCUUUGCUACAUGGAUCCCCGACACAGACUGCUGCAAGAACUGGUCGGGAAUCCAGUGCAAUAGUGACGGUCGCGUCAUAAUGUUGGGCGUGACUAUUGCUGAUAUCGUGGGUGAGAUCCCGCCCGCCAUCGGAGACCUCCCGUUCCUCGAGUUCAUCGCCUUAUCGGGCACCCCUGGCCUCACUGGCACAAUCCCCCUCGCCGUUGCCAAGCUGUCCCACCUCAACCACUUGGACUUCAGCAACAACCAACUCUCCGGGCCCAUUCCCGAUUUUUUAGGCCAAAUCAAGAAACUCGACGACAUUGACCUUUCCUCCAACGCCUUCACCGGUUCGAUCCCUGCGUCCCUUGGCCGGCUCACUAAGCUCCGUACCAUGAACCUGGGAUCGAACCAGCUCUUGGGCCCGAUCCCGCCUGCUUUGACCGGGGUCAAGAGCCUCGUCCAGCUAUACCUCUACUCCAAUGCCCUCUCGGGCUCGAUCCCAGGCUUGUUUGCUCAACUCCCGAACCUCAACGAGCUCGACCUCCGCCAAAACCAGCUUACCGGUUCAAUCCCGGCGAGCUUUGGGUCGUUCAAGAAAUCCGAUUUAAACAUCGAUCUCUCCUUCAACCGCCUCUCUGGGCCUAUUCCUGCCGCCUUCGGCAACGCCAACGUCACGGUGCUUGAUCUCUCCAACAAUAACUUCACUGGAGACGCGUCGUUCCUGUUCGGGAGACACAAGACGGUUCUGAGCGCCGUAGACCUGAGCAAUAAUCAUUUCAAGUUCGACUUCUCCGGCGUGGACCUUCCACCGGGGCUGAAGAAUCUUGAUAUUAGCCACAACAUGAUAUUUGGGUCCCUGCCCGGACGGCUCGGGCAGCUGCCGUUGCAGAACAUUGACGUGAGCUUUAACCAACUCUGCGGGCAGAUCCCAGUCGGGCGGCGGCUGAAGCAGUUCAGUCCGGCGAAGUUUUCUAACAAUAAGUGCUUAUGUGGUCUGCCUUUACCUGCUUGCAAAUAAUGAAAGGGAGAAACAUACACUAUUCCCCAUCCCGUGAUAACUAAUGUAAUAGCUGGACGUUAUAUCUAAAAUAAAUUCUCAUUGUCUAU